AAUGACUCAAGACAAUGGCUGAGCCCUAUAUAAAUUGACUAUCGACCAUUAUCGAAUCUAUCGAAUCUAUCCUGUCCAACCGGGUUGCAAUCAUAUUAUCAAUUACCACAAUGCCAGCCUACAAAAACGUCGUAUUCGACGUUGUAGGAACCCUUGUCUCCUACGACCGCAUCUACAACGCCAUCGACACCCGCUUAGGCCCCAAACUCCGCGAACAUAACGUCCAACCAUCCUUCCUAGGCUAUACUUGGGUCGAAGUCGCUGAACGAGAAUAUACCUAUCUCAGCGUCUCAGGUGCCUAUACACCCUACGCCACCAUUUUCGAAAAGAUAUUCCAUCGCAUGCUCUACCAAGCAGGCAUUGCGGACCCCGCAACCGUCGGCACGGAUGAAGACCUCGCGUACAUAAUGCAGGAAUACGCGAAUUUAGACCUCCGCCCCGGAGCAAUGGAGUGUGUGCAGAAACUCCGCGAGGCCGGAUUCACAGUUUGGGCACUUACGGCUGGCGAUUUGAAUAGAGUUGGUGCGUAUCUGCGCAAUGCGGGGGUUGAGAUUUCUUCGGAGAACCUCCUAUCGUGUGAUACGGCUGGUGUUGGGAAGCCCGAUCCCGGGGCGUAUCGGCCGUUGUUCGAGAAAUUGGAGACGGAGGGUGGAGAGAAGCCGUGGUUUGCGGCGGCGCAUAUGUGGGAUGUUUCUGCAGCGAGGCGCACGGGAUUCAGAGGAGCGUAUUGUACUGUGUACGAGAAGCAGGCACUCCCCGAGUUGUUUGGGGAGAUGGAGGUGACUGCUGAUAGCUUGCCAGAGAUGGCAGCAGGGAUUGUUGCAUCUGAGGGGUAAAUAUAGCAAGGCUGUCAUUGUCGAUAUCAGUCUAGUCUCUGUCAGAUAGAUGGAUUGCGUACGAGUACAUAUAGAUCCUUGCUUAUCUUCAAACAUACUCUGUAUAGAUAGACUAUCUACUCCGCAUCUUCAUGUUCAACGUCGGCGGUUCCAGCCAAUAAUUGGUCAGGACGCAUGUAUAUAGCACAUGAUAAGUACGUUUACAAUAUCUUUCAUAGUAAAGAUUCAACUGCUUCAUCCACUACACGG